CCUUGGAGCAGAAGUGCACUUGCUCUGGUAAGAAGCUAUGAGCAUCUUCAAAUGUUGUCUGUUAUUAGCAGCACACGACUGCCAACUGGCAAACUCUGGUGAAAACUGCAGGACAUGAGCUGAGAUAGUAUUAUAGGAUGGAUUCCUUCUGCGGUGGUGAAUUCUGGAACGACAGCUUGGUCUUUGAUAACACCUGGCCACAUCUGACGCCAUGCUUCAUAAGCACAGUGGUCACGUGUGCUCCCUGUCUCUUGUUUUGGUUGGGCCUCCCUGGUCACGUGUACUUCAUAGAGGCCAGUCACAGAGCCAAAUGUCACCAGUCCUUUUCGGCGUCGCCUCUGAACACUGGGAAAGUUGUCUGUGGCUGCAUGACAGUGAUGAGCGCUACUUCGAGUUGUGGUCCUUGCGUCCAGUGAAGACAGUUCACCUGCCGACUUCACGGGGUCGGGGAUUCUGCUGAUCACGACAGUGAUGGCAACACUGAUGACACAAUACGAGCGAUCACGUGGAGUUAUUACAUCGUCCAUACUCUUUUUAUUCUGGCUUUCAAAAUCGACUUGUGAUGUUAUUCCUCUCUACACAAAAAUUAUGUUGGAGGAAUACAAGACUGACAUGAGUAGUUUUAGUGCUCACAUCAUUAAUCACGUGAUGACCAUUGCCUUGACCCUGCUGUACGCCUUUGCUGACCCGGUGGCUGUGGCAGCGUACAUCAAGGAACAUCCGAGCACUAGAGAGCUCAGUCCAGAAACAACAUCAUCGUUCUUCAAUCGAAUGAUAUUCUUCUGGUUUACCAGAAUGAUUAUCAUUGGUUACAAACGAGGUAUUGAGAUGACGGAUGUCUGGGAUCUGAACCCCCGGGAUACAAGCAGAGUUUUGAUGGCGCGGUUCAACCAGCUUUGGCAACAGGAAGUGCGCCGCUUCCAUCGUUUCUCGCUAAACUUUGUACCAGUUAAAUAUAUAAGUGAUAAGAAAAAACGCCUAAGCAAAACAACAUCGUCGACUAAAGAGACUUUGAAAGCUGAUAACUGCGAAAGUCUUCCUUUGCUGGGGAAUAAAAUUUCUGAAACGAUGCAGAACAACGGGUCUCUCACUUCAGUUACCUCGGCAACUGAGAGCUGUUUGACAGACAGCAAACCUGCUCCGAACCAAAGCCCGGUGCAAGGAACUCAGUACCAGACACUGGUUCAGAAUCCAGCUUUUCCCAGUGGAAAACUCGAUCGUGGGCUUGAAGAAUCCGUCAAAGACAAAGUCAGUUUUCGUCAGAAUGAGUCCCAGCAAACCAAAGACCAUACAACCAGCGAUGCCCCUUCUUUAACCAAAGUGCUUGUGAAGCAGUUUGCUGGACAGAUGACCGUCCUACUGAUCCAGAGACUGUUGUCAGAUGCUUUUUUCAUUGUGACCACACUUGUCUUUGGGGAGCUGAUCACUCACCUGAACAGCAGACGACCGGGACAGGAAUGGCAGGGUUAUGUCCUGGCACUGACCUUGUUUGUCUGCGGACUCCUGCGAGCCGUUUUCUACGCCUGCUCCAACUACAGGGCCUACUACACGGGUCUUCAAAUCAAGUCUGUGGUUAUUGGGGCUGUAUACUGCAAGGCUCUCAGAAUAAACAAUGCCACCAGAAAGACAGCUACCAUUGGCGAGGUUGUCAACCUCAUGGCUGUGGACGCCCAAAGGCUGCAAGAAUUCAUCAGCAGAUUGUUCUUCGGCAUGACUAUACCCUUCCUCCUGGUGGCUGUGGUUGCCUUGAUGUACAUCAGGGUGGGAGUCUCUGCAUUUGCUGGGAUUGUCCUGCUGUUGCUGCUAGUCCCAUUAAACGGCCUGGUGGGUGUCCUUCAGAAGAGGUUUCAAAUUCGGAACCUAACUAACAAAGACAAGAGAGUGAAGCUUAUCAACGAGAUUCUCAACGGAAUAAAGGUGGUGAAACUGUACGCCUGGGAACCCUCUCUGGAGCGACGGGUGAAUGAUGUGAGAGAUCAGGAGAUCUCCAGUCUGCUGAAAGUAGCUUUGCUCCACAUGGUUCUUGGACUAUGCUGGAGUAUUGUCCCUUUCCUCGUGACCCUGGCGACCUACGGAACGUUUGUACUAGUCGAGAACGACAACUUUCUGACUACGAGCGAUGCUUUCGUCAUCAUGUCGCUUUUCCAAAUCUUGGCACCGCCCCUCGACUACCUGUCCCUCCUCAUCUCCUUCACGGUGCAGGCGAAGGUGUCCGUGGGCAGAAUUAACAAAUUUCUUUGCAGUGAAGAAAGGGACAACACGAUGGUGACUCAGGAAUCUCACUCGAAUAACGCCGUCUGCAUUGAAGAUGCCUCGUUAACAUGGGACGACAUCGCAAAACCGACUCUGGAAAACAUCAACCUGAAGAUUCCAGAAGGUCGUCUGGUGGCUGUGGUGGGUCAGGCUGGUGCCGGCAAGUCGUCUCUUAUCAACGCCAUCCUUGGAGAAAUGACGAAAACACGAGGACACAUCGCUGUCAAAGGUGCCAUAGCCUAUGUGCCACAGCAAGCGUGGAUCCAGAACGCAACAGUCCGUGACAACGUGCUUUUUGGCAAAGCGUAUCAAGCGGAGAGAUACAAGACAGUGAUAAGGGCCUGCCAGCUGGAGCGUGACCUGUCCAUCCUUCCAGCAGGCGACCUGACAGAGAUAGGCGAGAAGGGUACCAAUCUAAGCGGUGGCCAAAAGCAGCGCGUGAGCCUGGCACGUGCCGUCUACAGCGACAGGGACGUCUACCUGCUGGACGAUCCCCUCUCCGCCGUCGACAGUCACGUGGGCAAAGCCCUUUUCCGUGAUGUUAUCGGCCCACAGGGUCUUCUAAAAGGAAAGACGCGCGUGCUGGUGACGCAUGGUGUGCACUGGCUGCCGCUGGUGGAGGAGGUGGUGGUUUUGAGGGGAGGGCGCAUUGUAGAAACCGGCAGCUACUCAGAGCUGAUGCUCUACAACGGGCAUCUGGCCCAGUUCCUGCGCUCCUGUCUGCUCGACUUUAACCAACCUCUUCAGGUGUACAGGGCGGACCAUCAGGAAGAAGUCGAAAAUGAAAGUAGCACGGACGAAGAAGUGAUGACGAUGGAAAAGAAGAUCUUUGAAGACGUUACCUCCGAUGCGUAUUCGUCUGGAAAUGAAACUUACGAGCAUUUCCGAAAAAGAAAGAGGAAAGAUAAGCUAGAGAGACGACGGUUGUCUCAAGCCCCGAUGUUGUCAUCGGUGAAAGAAAGCAGUCAAGUUGGGGAGGAUGAUGUUGACGAGGAAGCUGGAAAAUUAGUGAUGACGGAGAAACUCUUGAAAGGGCGUGUAUCCACGAGUGUGUACCUCGCCCAUCCUAAAGCAGGAGGUCUGUUAACUGUUCUUCUGGGAAUUGCAAGUUUCUUUGCUUUCCAAGCAACAAGUGUGGUGGCCAAUUUCUGGCUCCGAGACUGGACCGAAGAUCCUCUACUUAACAACCAAUCGUCUUGGGGAUCAGAAGAGUUUGUGCAAAGAAACUAUUUCUAUUUGCUCUGCUACGGGAUGUUUGGAAUAGCGCAAGUGUUCUUCCUGAUCGUCUUCAACUACCUCCACUGGACGAGAGCGGUUCGGGCCAGCAAACGUCUCCAUGAACGACUGAUUAACAGGCUCUUGCAAGCGCCAAUGGCAUUCUUCGACACAACUCCUCUUGGGCGCAUCAUGAACAGAGUGUCGUCCGACAUGGAGAUUGUGGACAAUAUUGUGCCUGUCGUCAUCCGGGAUAACUUAUUUACCUUUGGUGUUCUCGUUGCCACUCUGGUAGUCAUCAGCAUUAUCUCACCCUUCAUCAUUAUUUUCCUUGUGCUGUUGGCAAUCUUCAUCUACUUUGCCUUUUUCAAAGCCUAUAUUCCAACAUCUCGGCAAUGUCGGCGGAUGGAAUCAGUCACCCGUUCUCCUAUCUUCGCUCACCUCAGUGAAACCAUGAGUGGGGUGGCCACGAUACGAGCUUACAAGGCUACAGAUCGCUUCAUAAGCAUUUCCGAAUCACGGGUGGACACCAACCAGACUUACUUCUACGGUUACAUCGCCGGUCUCAGGUGGUGUCAGAUGCUGAUGGACACUCUUACUUUCAUUAUGGUGUUCCUUGCCGCAGUGCUGGAAGUGGUCGCCUCAGACAGUUCAGGUGGAAGUGUUGGGUUGUCUGUGUCCUAUGCUUUACAGCUCAGUUACCGCAUGACCAGUCUUGCCAGACUCGCCACUGACUUUGAGACCAACGUUGUCGCCGUGGAAAGAGUGAAAGAGUACUCUGAGGUCGAGACCGAGGCACCGUGGUUUGUGGAUACUUACCGCCCAGACCUCAACUGGCCAUCUCGAGGAGAAGUCGAGUUGAAGGACCUCACCGUGCGCUACCGCCCCAAACUUCCUCUUGUACUAAAGGGACUGAACUGCGUACUCAGGGGAGGUGAAAAGAUUGGUGUGGUAGGGCGAACGGGAGCUGGAAAGUCGUCACUGUCGCUGGCGUUGUUCCGGUUGGUUGAGCCGGCAGGGGGGACAAUUGUGAUUGAUGGGGUCAAUAUUGCUCUUGUGGGACUGCACCAGCUGAGGACGAGAAUCACCAUACUGCCACAGGACCCUGUACUGUUCUCUGGCACGCUGAGGUUCAACCUUGACCCCACGGGAGGUCGAAGUGACGAGGCAUUGUGGAAGGCUCUGAAACAGGCUCACCUACAACACCUGGUGCAAAGUCUUCCAGGUGGCUUGGACUUUAACUGCGGAGACGAGGGGGCCAACCUCAGCGUGGGUCAGCGCCAGCUGGUGUGUCUGGCUAGAACACUGCUAAAGAAAACCCACCUUCUGGUGCUGGAUGAGGCCACGGCUGCCGUUGACAUGGAGACGGACGCCCUCAUCCAGAAGACCGUGCGGGAGGCUUUUAGUGACUGCACCGUCAUCACCAUAGCUCACCGCCUGCACACUGUCAUGGACUAUGACAGGAUCAUGGUUCUCGACUCUGGGAGAAUUGUGGAAUUUGAUACACCACAACGUCUGAUGAAUAGUCCUCAUUCUGCUUUUGCGAACAUGAUAAAGGAUGCUGAAAUGACUGGAAAAUUAUAAAAACGUUUCUUUCUAUCGUGCCCGUUGAUCCAGUGCCCACUUGUUGCCUUGCCUGCGUCUCCUUUGGCUGCUUCAUUUCGCCUUUAAUUCUUGGUCACGUUUGAAUAAUCAGCAUAAAUACACUAUUUAGUUUGUAUUUAAUAGCCAUUAAAGAAGCAUAACAUAUAAGAAAUAUAAGUAAUAAAAAAGUUACCAUCGUUCAUUCAUUGAUUUUAUUCUCUCACUGCCUGUGCCUCCUUAAAUCGUAAAUAUUGCACUUACUUUGUUGUGUCUGCUUCAUAUUUCAUCAGUUUUUUUCUGUUGUUGUUGGAUUUUUUUCUUGUACAUUGAUAUCGGAAGAUGAUCAGAAGAAUCAUAGGGCAAGUAUGUUCGAGAUUCAUCUGGCACGUGCACAACGAUCCUAAUAUUAAGGAACUCGCAGAUUUCAAAUAAUUAUCACGAAAGGAAACUCAUCCGCGCCACAAAGUUGUUUUAUGAAUUUUUCCUUGCUAGUAAUGCAUGAAAUGGAAAAACUGAAGUAUAAAUGUUAAAUAAUCAGGGAGAGGUCAACAUAAUUUUAUUGUUACUGUUAUAUUCAUACAAUUUUACAUGAAUAAAUACAUUCUAAGAA